AUGAAGAUAUCUAACGGCAGCGAGUUUACUAAAGCUUUCGCUGCACUGUAUGCAAAUAAAGCUGGUUGCUCUUGUUCAGAUAAUGCAAGGUUUUUGCUAACUGCCAUUAAGAUCAUGUACUUAUCAUUUGUGAAAAACACAUACUACAACGGUGGGGAAUUAGUGAGAAAAAUUCGCAAAACAAACUCAGUCAACUCAGCUGAUGUCCUUACGGCUGCUGGGGAAUCCAGCCAAACUGAUCCUACUGCAUUCAUUGAACAACAGCAUCAGAUUUUUAAUGAAAUAAGGCUGUCCAGGGAAAAGGGUCAACAAGAAGAAAACUGGCAACGACCAUUAAGUGAGAUGGAAGAGCGGGUGAAAAGACUAGAAGAGCAACUGAGAGAGAAAGACCGUGAAUUAGAAAACUCUGAAAGAUUAUCGAGCGAAAGAGAACAGCACUUGACAAAUAUUCAAAGGCAAUUGCGGGAAAAAGAGUUACAAGAGGCCAGCUUACAUGAACAGCUGAGAGAAAAAGACCAACAAGAGCAGAACUCAAAAAAACAAUUAAGGGCGAUACAACAACAGCUGAAAGAGAAAGACGAACAGGAAGAGAAUUUACUGCGAGAGAUGGUACAACUGCUGAGAGACAAAGACGAGCAACGAGAGAAUUUUCAGGACCGUCUAAGAGAGAUGGAACAAUGGCUAAGAGAGGGAGAAGAUCAAAAAGAUAAUUUACAAAGACAACUUAGAGAGAUGGAACAAGAGCUAACAAACCUACAAGGACAAUUUCGAGAUAAAGAGGGCGAAACGGCUAAUUUACAGGAACAAGUUACUACACAAGAACGACAACUGAGGGUUAAAGACCAGCACGUAAGUGAAUUGGAGAUAACUCUUUCAACAGCUCAGCAAGCGUUGAGUGAACACCAACGCCGACGGGUCACACCUGACUGGGUCAUUUCCCGAGAUCAAAUUCAGCUGACAGAUAAAUUCCUUGGUAAGGGAGGCUGGGGAAGUGUUGUCGAGGGGAAAUACUGUGGCUGUUCUGUAGCAGUGAAGCCACAUUACCUUUACAACUGCCUAAAAUUAUCUACCUUUUUCGUAUAA